AUGAGCUCGAAGAAUUCUUCGAACUUUCGAGAGGCAGUAACUUCUCCCUGGCGGCUCGUAUCUCAGAACGAGCCUCGAUCUGACUCUUUACUAUCGCGGGAAGCUCUCCUACCAGACCCAACCCAUGUAUCUCCUUUCCUUUAUCCAACUUCGCCUCCGUCACAGCGCAGAAAACCAAGACACGAUUCGGAAUGUACUAUGGAAGUUCGAUCGUCUUCUGCUCCAGCGCGAGCUAUGUUCGGUCCCUUAACCAUGGGAUGGAGCUUUCAGAAGCAGUUGCAGGAUCUGGAUAAACAGUCUGACAGAGACGAUCAUGACCCUCGGAGCCCUAGUGGAAAACUUGGUUCAAAAAAACCGCCAGCUAGAUCUGCUUGUACAUCUAGCGCGAGGACAUCACGCCCUCUUUCACACUCUCCCACUUAUCCUUCGCAGAUACCUGCUGCGCUGGCUCACACGGCUUUAGUCGAAUCGCAGAUUUUGAAUUCAUCAAAUUCGAAUGGUCGUUCAUCCCUUAUGCCAAUCGAAAUUGGGAGACACCGACAACGUAUCAAUAGUAUGUGGCGACAGAAAGGUCCCACAGGACGCAAAUCUGGUCCCCCAAAUGCUGCUGCAGGUCCUUCAACAAUGCAUCCACCACAACGUAGAACUGGGAAGCGGAACAGCACGUCGCCUCGAGAAGAUCCGGACAACGUCCCUGGGACAGGAUCACCUCCAACAAAGAAACCUCGCCAGUCACCUGUCGAUCCACCACCAGGUCCAGCCUACCCACAGCACGCGGCCCAGCCAGGCCAACCAGGCUCAAGUAUGGGCCCGCCUGGUGGUCCAGGUCCAGGUCCCGGUCCACAUCAACCAACAUUAGGAGGCAUGCGUCCACCAAUGCCCGGAGGAGGACCCCCAGGUGGUCCUAUGAAUGUAAAUGGGUUUGGUCAGCCGAUGGGAGGAAUGGGCGGGAUAGGAAUGAAUACCAUGAAUGGUCCGGCUCUGCCACAUACGAUUAACGCAAUGUCACCACCAAUGGGCGGGGGGAUGGCGGGUCAGCAGGGUAUGAUGACCCCUCAGAUACAGCCCACGAACCCACCCGGUCGUCCACCACCACUAGACGGACCAAUACAAUGCCACAACUCACUUGCCAAUUUCCAUCAACGACAGCUUGCCCCAAUGUCACCUCUAUCACCUGGGAUGAACAAGGAUGGCUCGGCAAAGGACAUCAAUAUGAAAAUUGAAGGCUCACCUCGCGGUGGACUUCCUCCUUCAAGUGCAGGUAUGGCCCCUACUGCAUCAGGUCCUGCUAAUGGUCCUUCGUCAAUGCCUGUACCACCAGGUAGACCUCUGUCAUCCCAGAACCCCGCCCCAAAUUCUGGUCCUCACCCAGGUAUGACAUCUCUACCUCCGCCAAACAUGGAUCCUUCACCAGGUUCGAUGCUUGGCAAUACUCCAAUGCCAGGGAUGUCUGGUCCGAUGUCUGGGAUGCCCAAUGGUAUUGGCCCAGGCGGCAUGGGUUCCGGUAUGGUUGGUAUCAACUGUGGUAUCAAUGCAAUGAAUGGUACGGGCUCAGACAUACCUUUCUUCAGAUCAGACUUUAUGAACGACAUCGAAGUUGGUGGCCUUGAUACGUUCGACCCCCAAUCUCUUUCGGGAUCCAAGAGGGGACUCGAAUUUCAAAAGAGACUUCAGGCAAUAGUUCAGUCCAAAUGA